CGGUGUACGUGCGUCAAGCGUACCUAUCGCUCCGUUCACUUACGUGGUGUUCAGCUCGAGCAACUUCGCCAUCGUCGCCCAUAUAAUCGCGCAUGGCCAGUCUACAUCAUGCUAUCAAGAGCACCAGCAGCAACGAGUCGCUAUUAGUGCGUGUGCCGUGCGUCGUGCGUGUGUACAUACGUGUGCAAGUGCCAGUUGACAAAAAGAAAGUCAAGUCCGUAUAUUGAACGAGCGAAAGACAAGUUUUCUGAUUAAAUCUCGUCACGAGAAGAAACGAGGAAAGUCGGGAAUUCUGGAAGCUUCGUGAGAGAAUUUUGGUGUGUGCAAGAGUCCGCCCUUCGGUUAGUGCGAGAAGAUGGUGACCAGCACAGAAGAACAACCUGGACCGUCCAACACUCCUCCCAAUGCUCAAACCGAGGAGAAAGAAAAGGACGAUCGUAUGUUUGAGUGCAACAUUUGCCUCGACACAGCCAAAGAUGCGGUCGUUAGUAUGUGUGGACACUUGUUUUGCUGGCCCUGCUUGCAUCAAUGGCUGGAAACACGCCCCACACGACAAGUUUGUCCUGUUUGCAAAGCUGCUAUCAGUAGAGAAAAAGUUAUUCCACUUUAUGGUCGUGGAGCUACAAAACAGGAAGAUCCAAGGAAUAAUGUGCCACCUCGUCCGAUGGGCCAAAGAUCAGAGCACGAAGCCAACAUAGGCUUCCCUGGUUUUGGUUUUGGCGAUGGUACUUUUCACUUGUCAUUUGGUAUUGGUGCUUUCCCAUUUGGAUUUUUCACUUCUUCUUUCAACUAUGGUGAUUCAAGACCAAGUGCAGCACCUCAUGGAGGUCCUCAGUUUGAAGAAGAAACGUUUCUCUCAAAAUUGUUUUUGUGGUUGGCAUUUGCCUUCAUUGUUUGGUUACUCUUGGCAUAACAUUUGUUCCAGGGUAUGAUUCCUGGAUCUAUAAGUCCACUCAUCCACUUCUUGUACUAAUACAUCGACUUUUUCCUGUAUAUUUUAAGAACAAAAUUUUAAUAGUAGAAAGUUUUGUUGUAAGUAAAAUGUCGUAGUAACUGCGUCUUUUUAUUAAACACAAUAUUUUGAAUGAUAUUACUUACUGUACAACAACAUCGUUGCUUAAGUAAAAGAAAAAAAAUCAUACCUAUCGACGUGAAUUUGUAUGUAAAACCUUGAGUGCUAUUGACUGAAAUUUUUCAAACUAACUCAAAGGUUUUAAAAAGCAGUUAAUUCUCAAUAACUGCAAUUAAAAUGAAAGAAAUGCAUAAUUAUUUUAUUAUAACUUUGAAUACUUUGCACAUAUCGAUUCAUUACCUUAUGUUAUGCGUAAAAUUUGAACAACUUGGUUUUAAAGGCGACAGAGAACCGUUCAUGUACAAAAUUAUAAUACACUGCAUUAUUACAUACGAACAAAUUUGUGAAUUAUUACGUGUCGAAGAUAAUAUUUAAUUGGACGCUUCGUUUUUAAUAAGAAAAUUCCGUGAAGUGUUACAUGUAAUUAAAAUUCCAAACAAUAUAGGUACACAAUUGUGCACAGAAAAUUCUGCAUUCCUUUAAAAAGAAAGUAGUAUGUCAAAAUUAAAUACUUCGAGUAUACCUGAUAAAUUCGAUUAAAAAUCGUUGGUGCAUGAUAAGAAUUGGAUACGUACAUUGUAUAUUUAGCAAAAUAAUUAACGUUCUUAUAUUUUUUCUUUUUAAACAAGUGCAUAAUUUUCGAUAUACGAUUGUGUACAUCUAAUAUUUAAGGUUAUAAUUACGUGUAUGAAAAUUUCACGAAAUUUUCUCUAAAAAUGUGGUACACGACCAAAUAUCAACUUGUAUACGCAAUAAAUCGCAAAUUUUUUCAUGCCGAAUAAUGAGUUUAUGUCCUGGAGGCACUAUUAAUUAUUUGAAUAUAUGUAUAUAAAUGCCCUCAGCUACACAAAGUAUUUGUCAAUCACAUUGAAAAUUUAAAUUUACAUACUUCAAAUACUAUACUUUACUAAUGCCAAAGCAGUUAUCGUUGUACUAUUAGGCAUCUAAUCUGUAUAUAAUUUAGUUUUUAAGAAACCUUAGGAAUAAUUUACACUCUUAAAAACAUUUACACUCUUGAUUUGGUCAUUGAGAGUAUUUGAUGGUUUAAAGCAUAACAAUUAACUAUUAACUUGUAGUACGUCAGUAUUACAAUGGUUGUAGUAUACGCAUUGGUCAUGAAUAACUCCCUUACAUAAAGUACAUCAGUGAAAAUGGUGGAUUUUUUUUAAUACAAAAGGGAAGAACACAGACAGAAAAGGGACUAGGUAUUAAGUUAAGUAAUUUUUUAAGUAAUUUGUGAUUUCUUUAUUCACUCGAGAUACACAUAUAUGAUAAAAUUUACAUUAUUUCGAAAAUUGUAACACGGUCUUGCCUUAAUCAAUCAACUACAAAUCUUACAAUGAUUGUAACUUUCUGUCAGUUUUACAUUCCGUGCGAAUUAUUGCACUGAUACAGUAUAUGAUUUGAAAGCACAUCAUGCAGUUCUUUAAUAAUUGAAUAAUUUGAACACACAAGUUAAGACUGUCCGAGAUUUAACUGGCAACACUGCAUAACUGUAUUUCUUUUAACAAACUACAUUUGAUACUGAGUGCGCUAGCCGCAGCAGUUUACUUUUUGUCAUGUUAACUUGUCAGCAAUUUUCUCAUACGUUGCAAUUUUGCACGCUACAUUAUAAUUUACAUUUACAUUGUUACCUAAUACCAAAUAAAAAGAAUUAGAACUGAUUCUCGAAAACAUCGUUUAUCUUCAUUACAGCGAUAAAAUUGUCGACUCUUAUUAAAGUCCCGUGAAAAAAUCUUUAUGUAAAAUUUUUGUUAUCGUUUGUUGAUACUUUGUGCAUUUUAUAAGAAUGUGUAAAAUCAUAUGUAAAAAAUAAACCGCAUAGUAUAAAAAGAAAAACAACGUCGAUGAAAGAUUCUUGCUGUUUGCAUUAUAAGUGCAUAUAUUAAGAUACACAGUGUGAGAGAAUACAAAAAUAUAACACAAAGCACACUAUCAAAACGCUACCUUAUAUGCCGAGCAUCAUGAAAAUAUCUACGAUAUUUACACGCGAAUGGACGUGAAACGUUGAAAUAUUAUUGCUGCGUUAACUCUACGGACAGGACGAAGGCUUGCAGAUAGGAGAAAAACGAAUGAUAAUCAGAGCACGAGAAGAAUAAUGUUUAUGAAAAGUAUAUUAUAUAGAGAGGAGAGAGAGAGAGAGAGAGAGAGAGAGAGAGAGAGAAAGAGAGAAAGAGAGAGAGAGAAAGUGUAGUAGAGAAAUAUUAUAGUGCACGACACGAAAAAACACGUUUACGCGCUUUUUGCGUACCUUAUACGAUUUGCACGAUGAUGGAUGGUAGAUUUUUUCAUUUGUUUUUGUGACGUGUACGCAAUUGCGUUUUCGAUUCCUAGUGGUAUUAUCACAGAUUGCAGCUCCAUCGAGAGGAGAGCUUCCUAUAUGCACUCCCCUCGGUCUACGGUUUAUUUAUUUACUUUUUUUUUAAACGAACAAAAGAAAAACAAAAAUUACACGUUAAAACUUAAAAAUGCUUCCUUUUCUUCUCUCGGGUGCCUCUAUACGCUUGUGUACAACUGUGUGUUACGUUCUUUUUUUGUGCGACUUGCGUG